CUGGAAGUUUUGGUGCGGGAUCGCUGGCACAAAGUUCUGGUGAACUUGAGCGAGGACGCCCUGGUUCUGAGCAGCGAGGAGGGCGCUGCGGCGUACAACGGCAUCGGCAGCGCCACGAAUGGCUCGUUCUGCAGGGGCACCCGGCACUCGGGCGCGGGCGGCGCGCAGCCCCCUGACUCGCCGGCCGGGGUCCGCACCGCCUUCACGGACCUGCCCGAGCAGGUGCCCGAGUCCAUCUCCAACCAGAAGCGCGGCGUAAAGGUGCUGAAGCAGGAGCUGGGCGGGCUGGGCAUCAGCAUCAAGGGGGGCAAGGAGAACAAGAUGCCCAUCCUCAUCAGCAAGAUCUUCAAGGGGCUGGCGGCGGACCAGACCCAAGCCCUGUACGUGGGCGACGCCAUCCUGUCGGUGAACGGAGCCGACCUGCGGGACGCCACCCACGACGAGGCGGUGCAGGCGCUGAAGCGCGCCGGCAAGGAAGUGCUGCUGGAAGUGAAGUAUAUGCGAGAGGCCACACCCUACGUGAAGAAAGGUUCCCCAGUGUCCGAGAUUGGGUGGGAAACGCCUCCCCCCGAAUCCCCUCGGUUAGGGAGCAGCUCCUCAGACCCUCUGUCACCGUCGUCACAGUCUUUCUCCUUCCAUAGAGACCGGAAGAGCAUCCCCCUCAAAAUGUGCUACGUCACACGGAGCAUGGCCUUGGCCGACACCGAGAACAGGCAGCUCGAAGUCCACUCUCCAGAUGCUAAGCACACAGUGAUCCUUAGGAGCAAGGACUCAGCCACUGCCCAGGCCUGGUUCAGUGCUAUCCAUUCCAACGUCAGUGACCUGCUGUCCCAAGUGAUCGCCGAGGUCAGAGAGCAGCUGGGGCAAACAGGCAUUGCUGGGAGCCGAGAGAUCAGACAUCUUGGCUGGCUUGCAGAAAAGGUGCCCGGGGAGAGCGAGAGACAGUGGAAGCCAGCCCUGGUGGUACUGACUGAGAAGGACCUUUUAAUCUACGACAGCAUGCCACGGAGGAAGGAAGCCUGGUUCAACCCGGUUCACACGUACCCACUUCUCGCCACCAGGUUGGUCCAUUCAGGUCCAGGGAAAGGACUGCCUCAGACUGGUGUGGAUCUGUCCUUUGCAACACGAACCGGUACCAGGCAGGGGAUUGAGACACAUCUCUUCAGGGCCGAAAUCAGCAGGGACCUUUCUCAAUGGACAAGGAGCAUAGUCCAGGGUUGUCACAACUCAGCUGAACUCGUUACCGAAGUCAGCACAGCCUGCACUUACAAAAACCAGGAGUGCCGUUUGGCCAUACAUUACGACAACGGAUUUUCUAUUACCACUGAACCACAGGACGGUGCCUUUGCCAAGACAAUCAUACAGGCUCCGUAUGAAAAGCUGAAAAUGUCUUCAGAUGAUGGAAUCAGAAUGCUGUAUUUAGAUUUUGGAGGCAAAGAUGGAGAGAUCCAACUGGACCUUCAUUCCUGCCCCAAGCCAAUCGUUUUCAUCAUUCAUUCCUUCCUGUCAGCUAAAAUUACAAGACUGGGCUUGGUGGCCUGAACAGAGGGGUGACUUGCCUUUGCGAUGCCACCAGAAAGUGUGCCAUCAGACACCAUUUGCAGUGAGCGAUGCGCCAGAUGUCAUAUGCCACAGUCAGCUUUAGAUCCCAAGAGUCCUGCUUAACUGUCCCAGACUGCUCUGUCAAUUUCACCAACUACAAGGGGAUACCCUAGGAAAACACAAGAAAUAUCAGAAUAAAACUUGUCUUUUUAGAACAGUCAGUGGGUAAAGAGGAGAGGGUGACUGGAAGUACACAGCAUAGCUUUUGACAAUCACGGAUGUGAACAUUAGAACAGCAUGUGCAGAUGUAAAUCAUACCAGUGUCUAGGCUACUGGCUCACCCGGGUAAGCAGGGCUGGACAGACGAGAAAUGGACGUUUUCACCUCUCUCCUCCCCAGUAACAAUGACCCCUUGUUUUGUUGUGAUUUAUUUCCUACUUCUCAGUUGACUUUCGCUAGUAAGGAAAGAAAAGUACUUCAAAGGGAAACCCACCUUUUAUUUAAGUAUGAAGCAGCUGUUACUUUUUCUUAAUGAAUUAUCUUUCAAUGAUGUAGAAAGAUUCUGAAGUGUUCUCAUUAGCACAUGCUGAACAGGAAUUGAAUAAAGCCUCAGAUAAUGAUCUGAGCUGUAAGCUGGUGGAAUCUGAGCCAAAGUAGACUACUUAAAUUGAAAAGCUUUGCUGAAGAGUGGUGUGCAUGAAAGAUGCUUAAUUCUGGGCUGCACUCACACCAAGGUCUGCUAUCAUAGAGCCAAGAUAGCUUUAUUUAUAGAAAGUAAAUGAUGGAUAUAUUUUUUAAAGAUUCUCAUUUGAUAAACAUAUAUAUAACAACUCACGUGGGGUUAACUAAUUAUCCUCAUUUUGUGGUUUUCAGUGGAAGCACUAAGCAAUUUAUUGACCCUUGUUUCUGUCUGUGCUUGUAUGCAUGCAUUUUUGAACCAGUAAUAGAGCAGCCUCAUAUACUUCUGGAUGUUGCUGGGUUUUAGCUAUAGACCCAGCGUUAUAAUCAAAUCUAUUGAUAGCUUCUGCAGCUCUUUCAGAAUUCCAGGUAAAUAUAAUGACCUGAUAUUUUUCUACAAGAGUAUUUUCAGACACCAUAAAGCGUAUUACUGAUUUAAUGCUUUUAUCUUUCAAAAAAAAUUCACUCAAAAUAUACCUAUUAUUUGAUUUGGGAAUCAGUUUUCUCAAACCUUAAAAUUAGCUCUAGAAUUUCUGUAAGCAUCUGUAACCCUUCUUUCCCCUGCAGUUUAAAUAGACAAAGGUUCUGGGUUAGAUUUGUGUGUUUUUUUUUUUUUUUGAAUUGUAUUUUAGCGAAUACCUAUGCAAAGAGCUUUAAAAAGUGAAAUGGGGUUAAAGGAAUGCCAUGCUGAAAGAUUCUGAAGUGUUCUUAUAAGCAUAUGCUGAGCAGGAAUUGAAUAAAGCCAAGCUUUAGAACAUUGAUAUUUUUUCUUUUUUGGUUUCCUAUUUAAAAUGCUGAACAGUGAAGUCCCAGACUUACAAUUGUAAGGAAAGCUUUGAUGCAUUUGUAAAUUAUACUGCACUCUUUCAUUAUAUAUUUUCAAAAUCACUGGAAUGUUGUUAUACAAGAGAAUUAUACUUGUGUAUUGUAAAUAACAUGUUAAAAUACAUAUAUUAAUGCCAAUAGUUUAAUUCAACAAUAUGUAAUCUAAGGUGCUCAGUAGUACAUGAAGUAUGAGUUAAUUACUCAUAAUUAAGUUGCAAAGAUCCUAUUAUAUAUUUAUAGACAAAUUAAAAUGAUCAUAAUUACAAAUAUUAUUUCUUCAUCACUUAAGUUUUGGACUGAUUAAUAUCUGGGUGGGGAUCAACAGAAACUACAUGCUCUGCAUUUAUAAAAACUUAAUUUAAAUAUUUAUAUUUUAGAAAAAAUAUAUUUGAAUAAAAUUAAUGCAUUUUCUGAACUAAAGUGUGUUAUUAGCAAGAAACAGAAAAUUUUACUAAGAAAAUUGUAUAUAUGAAUCAUUUUAUUUUCUUCCAAGUUAGUGUAUCAUAUCAGAGUGGCUAUGAUGAAUCAAUUUUGAAUAUUCAUUCUUUUCUCAUUCUGAAUUCAACAAGUUACAAUGACUUUACACUGUAGAUCUUAAUCUUGUCUUGAUGUGUGUUAUGAAUGUUUGGAAUGACACAAACUCCUAUGUCUGGACCAUUGCCUGGGUAUAGUCGAUGAAUCAACUGGGUCAUUCUGGGAAUUUGUUUCCGCCCAGUAUGCUCUGUGCUCAGUCCAUUUCUUAUUUGAAACAAUGAAUUAUUAAAUUCACAAUGUUUGUCCCUUUAAGGGCAAACCAAUACAAACGAAUGGUUUUAAACUGUACUUAGUGGGAAGCUACCCACUUGUUAGAGACCUGGUUAGGUGAGUUCUUUGGUGUGGUUUCAAAUCUUUAGACUAUCUCAUAUGGAUUUAAAGAAGGCCAAUAGAAAAAGAUAGAUACCAAUUUUUUUUCCUGACUUGAACAAGUAGGAGAAAUAAAAUCAAACACCUAUUAAAAAAUACCCAGGCAGAGGCCAUUCAAUUAAUUCUAUCAUUUUGAUGGGAUUAAAAUGCCGAAAGAUGCAUGCUCCUUUGUCCCAAAGCUUGUUGACCCUCCUUGGCUGACGUCAGAAGGAAUGAUCUUUAAUGGUCAGAAAGAUUCUCCUAAAAUUAACAUGUGGGGCCUUUUUGGCCCUUGUUCUACAAAUAUUAGAUACUCUGUCUUGAGGGUUUGGAGUGGGGUGAGGGAGUAAUUUUUGAAUGUAUCUUGAGUUAAAAAAAAUGUGCCUAUGUUUAUAGCACCAUGGAUAUCAUGUAAAAUUUAUAUAUGACUUAAAUAAAUAUUCAGCUGAGUAUGGUGGACUGGCUGAU